CUCACACACACGCAGAGACACAGAUACGUACCCUCGACACCACCGCCCAGUGUCUCCUCCGACGGCGGCGUCGUCACUGGCACACAUCUCCCACAGUUCAACAGUCGACUGUUCAUCACCACGUCGAUUGCGACGGGCGAUAGUGCGGCCUUGGACAACGACGGCAAUCAAUCAUCCAAACUAAUCUUUCAAAAUAAUACUCUGUCCUCGUCGACAACGAGACGCUAGAUUCGCGAGACUCGACUCGACCCCAUCUCCCUUGUGAAUCUCGCUCGUGGAUCAACCCAUACUGCUACUACUACUAUUACCGACCCCGACCAUCCGGUACACGUGUCCAGUACAAGAGCGCAGCACACAUCGUCGGCACCGGCGCCGACGCCAGCACCCCGCGCCGCGAUGGACCCUGCGCAGCCAACGAACGACUCGGGCGACUUGGGCGAGUCGGGGGAGAAACCUCCCUCAGUACUCUACGAGCCCUCCCCGGCGGGGGUGCGCGAGGAGCGGGCGCACGAUGUGAACAUUGACAUUCACACGCAGCGAUAUGACGGCGUCCAGCGGCGUAUGGAGCAACGGCACAUCCAGAUGAUUGGCCUCGCGGGCACCAUUGGCACGGGGCUGUUCCUCGGCUCGGGCAUGGUGCUGCACAGAGCCGGCCCUGCCGGUGCCCUGCUUGCCUACACCAUGUGCGGGACGUUGACCUAUGCGAUGACCGCAUGCCUCGGCGAGAUGAGCACCUUUGCUCCAAUAUCUGGCGGCCACAUCCACUUUGCCGAGCGCUGGCUGCACCCCUCGAUGGGGUUUGCGGUCGGCUGGCAGAUUGUGUUCACGACGUUUGUGGCCAUCCCGACCGAGGUGAUCGCGUCGUCCAUCCUCAUCAGCUUCUGGGACAAAAAGUUCACGCAGGCCCACCAGGCAGGCUACAUGACCAUGUUCAUCGUCGUGUGCAGCAUCAUCAACCUGCUGGGUGUGAGAUGGUUUGGCGAGUUUGAGUUUGCGUUCGCCACAAUGAAGAUCAUUCUCAUCGUCGGACUGAUCAUCGCCGGCCUCGUCGUGUCCCUAGGCGGCGGGCCAAACCACGAGCGCAUAGGCUUCAGGUACUGGAAAGACCCGGGCGCGUUCGUGCCCAUGCUCUACCCGGGUGCCAAAGGCAAGUUCCUCGCAUGGUUCACCAACGUCGUGACGGCCGGCUACUCUUUCGUCGGGAUGGAGGCGGUCGCGAUCGCCGCCGCAGAGGUCAAGAACCCGCGCGUGUCGAUCCCGCGCGCCAUCAAGCGCGUCUUUAUCCGCAUCGUGCUGUUCUACAUCGUGUCCAUCCUAGUCAUUGGCAUGCUCGUCCCCUCGACAGACCCCGACCUGCUGCGCAACCGCGGCACGGCCGCCUCGUCGCCGUUCGUCAUUGCCUUCUCCCACGCCGGCAUCAAGGUCCUCCCGUCGAUUGUCAACGGCGGUGUGCUCUCCUCGGCCUUCUCGGCCACCUGCUCGGGCAUCUACUCUGGCUCGCGCAUCCUCUACUCGCUCGGGCUGCGCGGUAUGGCCCCGCGCUUCGUGGCGUACACGACCAAGCGCGGGCUGCCCCUCGUCGCCGUGCUGAUAACGUCCGUCUUCCUCACGCUGAGCUACAUGGCGCUUGGGGCGGGGGCCGAGACGGCGCUCACCUGGCUGCUGGCGCUCACCUCACUCUCGGGCUUUAUCGUGUGGGGCACAGUCGGCGCGACAUAUAUUCGCUUCCGGCGCGGAAUGGAAGUACAAGGCUUUGACCGUAGCACGCUGCGCUACGCCAACCCGCUGCAGCCGUUUCUGGCGUGGUGGGUGCUCGUGUGGGCGGUGCUGCUCGUGUUCCUGCAAGGCUGGCCAGUGUUCACGCGCGGCAACUGGAACACGACGGAUUUCUUCAUCUCGUACAUCACCAUCCCGGUGUUUGUGCUCUUGCUGGUGGGCUACACGAUCGCGAAACGCCCACGGGCCAUCAAGCUCAAGGACCUCGACUUUGUGUCCAACAUUCCGACUGACGAGGAGACAGGGUACGAGGAGCCAAAGGCGCCCACGACGUGGUGGGGCAAGGUGCUGGGUUUUCUGUUCACAUAG